GGUGCAAUCGUCGGUGGUCAAACGUCCUGCAAGGCCCCUGAGCUCGCGGCUUUCGACAAACACCUUCCCAAGGACGUAGAGAUCGUAUCAUGCCAUUCGCUACAUGGCCCUCAAGUCAACCCCAAGGGUCAACCUCUGGUACGCUGCUGUCUGCCUGCUUGCCUGCCUGUCUGUUAUUUGCUUGGAGCAUAUUAUAUGCCCUCAAGACCCAAGAUCGCACAGGACAAUGUAUGAUAACAUAACGCCCGUUUGCCUAUUUUGUGUCUAGGUCUUGAUCCAGCACCGUGCCUCCGAUGAAAGCCUCAACUUCGUCAAGGAAGUCCUGUCAUGCUUCGAAUCCAAGUUCGUUUUCCUCUCCGGAGAGAUGCAUGAUCGCAUCACGGCAGAUACCCAGGCCGUCACCCAUGCGGCCUUCCUGAGCAUGGGAACAGCAUGGCAGGCCAACCAGCAAUUCCCCUGGGAGAUUAACCGUUGGGUGGGAGGCAUCGAGAACGUGAAGAUCAACAUCACCCUACGCAUCUACUCCAACAAGUGGCACGUGUACGCCGGUCUUGCCAUCUUGAACCCAGCGGCGAAGAAGCAGAUUCGGCAGUAUGCAGAGUCCGUGACGGAUCUGUACAAGCUCAUGAUUGAGGGCCGCCGAGACGAACUCAAACGCCGUGUCAGAGCUGCAGGGGAGGCCGUUUUCAAAGCGGGUACCAACGGCCAGGAUCUGCUGUUGAAGGAUGAAGUCCUCGACCGUUUCUCCCUGUCAAACCGGGAACGUGAGCAGGCUCCUCCGAACAGCCAUCUCAGUCUGCUUGCCAUCGUUGACUGUUGGUCCAAACUUGGAAUUGUCCCCUAUGAUCAUAUGAUCUGUUCCACGCCUCUUUUCCGUCUCUGGCUGGGCGUCACGGAAUACCUCUUCCGCAAUCCCGAACUCCUCGAGGCGGCCCUCGACACUGCAGUCGACGAUAAGACGUUCCGUUCGGAUGACCUGGAAUUUACCUUUGCAGCUCGCGCAUGGUCGGACUGCGUAUCGUUCGGUGAUUUCGAAUCCUACCGCGACCGGUUCGAGCGGAUCCAGCAGUACUUUGCUCCCCGAUUCCCCGAAGCCGUCAAGCUGGGCAACGAAAUGAUGAAGACCAUUCUGGAGAAGACUGCAACGGGCCAAGCCUAGUAUAGGAGAAGACACACCAAAAGAGAUGAAAAUCGAGUAAUGCCAAUGGCUCCUCCCUAAGUCUAAAAGCCCAAUCACAAGAAGAAGCCGGCUAGGGAAAGUCGGGUAGCGCGCCUAGAGUAGGUGGAUGUCUCUGCGCCAGUCCGGCAGGAUCGGAGAGGGGGGCAAUCCAUAAUAAUCAUACUCAUAAUAA